AUGCGUCCCCACUUUACUAUUGUGCUGCUUGCUACGUCCUUGGUCGCUGCUAUGGACAAAGCUGAGCAACUAGACCAACCCAGCGCACCCGGUUGGAAGCAAAGCGAGAAAUCUGUUCGAGGGCAUCUGCGAGGGGCUCUCGCUGUUGACGAAGAAGAAAGACAGGUCAUGAAUUCAAAACUCAAUGCAAUCGCGCAUGAAUUCGCUGAUCUCACACGUUCUGGGCAAUUUGGCGUUGCGUCGCCUCAUCCGCGUCUUUUUCCGCUCUAG